AUGGCUGUGUCCAGUAACUCCAGCCUCUCUGGUUCUUCCCUGUCUUCCGAUCCUGACGAUUACCAACCGCCCAUAUGGAAGUCCUACUUGUACCAGCUUCAACAAGAAGCCCCGCGACCAAAGAGGGUCACAUGUCCGCAAGAGAUGGAGACUCGGCCCAAAUACUACGGCAGAGAAUUUCAUGGCAUCAUCUCCCGGGAACAUGCAGACGAGCUGUUGGGGGGAGUGGAGGGAGCGUACCUCAUCAGAGAGAGUCAGAGACAACCAGGGACCUGCACCUUAGCGCUGAGAUUUGGACACCAAUCACUCAACUACAGGUUAUUCUACGAUGGGAAGCACUUUGUGGGGGAGAAGCGCUUUGAGUCGGUGCACGACCUGGUCACCGACGCUCUCAUCACGCUGUACAUCGAGACCAAAGCGGCAGAGUACAUCGCCAAAAUGACCACCAACCCCAUCUACGAACACCUGGGAUACACCUCCCUGCUCAAGGACAAGACGGUGCACAGACUGAACCGGAUCCGCACCGAGCCGCGAAGAGUCACCUUCCAGCCCGAGGAGAAGAUAACAUCCCCUGCGGUGCACAAGACUGCACUUAAAGAUGCUCCGGAGAAGCAGUGUUCUUAUGAGAAGAUCCACAACUUCAAGGUGCACACGUUCAGAGGGCCACACUGGUGUGAAUACUGUGCCAACUUCAUGUGGGGCCUCAUCGCUCAAGGCGUCCGCUGCUCUGACUGUGGGCUGAACGUGCACAAGCAAUGCUCCAAACUGGUGCCCAGCGACUGCCAGCCGGAUCUGCGCAGGAUUAAGAAAGUCUUCAGCUGUGACCUCACCACUCUGGUCAAAGCUCACAACACGACGAGGCCAAUGGUUGUGGACAUGUGCAUACGGGAGAUAGAACUCAGAGGCAUGAAAUCUGAAGGACUCUAUCGAGUUUCCGGCUUUACAGAACAUUUAGAAGACGCACGACUCGCUUUUGACCGAGAUGGCGACAAGGCCGACAUCGGGGCCAGUGCCUUUGCGGACAUCAACAUCAUCGCGGGGGUCUUAAAGCUGUACCUGCGAGACCUCCCCAUUCCCGUCAUCACGUUCGAGUUGUACUCCAAGUUCAUUCAGUCUGCAAAGCUCCCUGACCCUGAGUCCAGACUGGAGGCCAUUCACGAAGCUCUCCUCAUGCUCCCGCCUGCGCACUACGAGACGCUCCGGUACCUGAUGGCUCAUCUCAAGAGAGUGACCAUGUUUGAAAAGGAUAACCUGAUGAAUGCUGAAAACCUGGGCAUUGUUUUCGGCCCGACUCUGAUGCAGCCCCCGGAGCUCAACGCACUGACCACUCUGAACGACAUGCGGCAGCAGAAGUCUGUGGUGCAGCUCAUGAUCGAGAACGAAGAUGUCUUAUUUUAG